GUGUUUUCAUUUAUUGUAUUACCAGCUUUUGAAUACAGCUGGUUUAAGCUUCGUGAGUCGGUAAGCAAUACUUGAAGCAGCUUUGGUUUAAAAUUGAAUAUUAUCAGAGGAUUAGUAGUGACAGUUCAUAUAAUAAAGUGUGUAGUGUUUUAAACAAAAUCACGAGAUGAAAUUUAAAGUUUUAGUGUUGGUUCUCACCGUAGUGAUAUCUGAAUGUUCAGGUCAAUCUGACUACUGCGACCCAGCCUUAUGCACACGGGCACGUGGAGCGCACGUUGCCUGUAAUGCACCGGAGGAAUUUGGUCCGGCUUGUGGUAAAGAGCCAAAGUAUGUACCGAUGGAUACCAAACUGAAAACCAUCAUUCUGGACAAACAUAACGAACUGCGUGCGGAGAUUGCGAGAGGUAUGCACGGUUUCCCUCAAGCUGCCCGGAUGCCAACGCUGGUCUGGAACGACGAAUUGGCCAAAAUUUCAACGUUCAAUGCAAGGAACUGUACCUUGGAUCAUGAUAAGUGCCGCAAUACCAAAGAAUUCCCGUUUUCCGGACAGAACCUAGCUAUUAUUUGGUAUCGUGGAUAUAAUUACCAGCCUGAGGAUCGCGUAACGUAUUUUAUACAACAGUGGUUUAAUGAACACAAGGACUGCCCUAAAUCGUACAUCGAUAAAUAUCUUGGAAAACACCAAGGCCCACAAAUUGGUCACUUCACGCAGAUGGUCAAUGAUCGCGUCAGUAAAGUUGGUUGCUCACUGGUGCAUUAUCCAACCAAUCAGGAUAAUAAGGCGACCCUCAACUAUUACUUUGUUUGCAACUACUCCAUGACGAACAUUGUAGGAGGACAUGUGUAUAGCAAGGGCAAAACUGCAUCAAAGUGUAAAACUGGACCAAAUCUUCAAUUCAAAGAUCUCUGCAGUGCGAAAGAAGAAGUGGAAUCGAAACCAUGACAUUGAAAAGUCUCAAAAUCAUAUACAUUCUGGCGAAAUAUUGCAGCAAUUUUCUUCUGCUUUUCAUGUUCAAAUUUUUAACGAAAAAGUCACUAAAUCGUGUUAUGUAAGGAUUUAUUAAGGCAGCGUCC